AUGCAAUCGGAACAAAAGGUAAAAUCGAUUAAAGAAAUUCUCACUGAAGAAGGAGCAGCAGGGUGGGACACAUUAUAUAAGGAAGAACAUACUCCUUGGGAUUAUGGAGAAAUUUCACCAGCUCUAAGGCAAUUAAUCGAAGAAAAAAAAUUUCCUUUGCCUGAUGGACGUGGUUUUGUACCGGGAUGUGGGAAUGGGUAUGAUGUAUUUUAUCUGUCGAGCGAGAGCAGGCACGUUACAGGAUUAGAUUUAAGUCAAAUCUUAAUCGAACGAGUUCAACAGAAACAAAAAGAACUUAAAAUCCCCGAUUCUCACGUAACAUUUCAACAAGGAGAUUUCUUUGAUCACAUUCCGCCAAAGGAAAAAUAUCAAUUUGUCUAUGAUUACACGUUCUUAUGUACCUUUCCACCAGAAUUACGUCAAAAAUGGGCUUCUAAAAUCUCGGAAUUAAUCUCUUCUGAUGGUAUAUUAAUCGCAUUAAUCUACCCUAUCGGUGAUCAUAUAGAAGGACCUCCGUUUGCUCUUAAUCCAGACAUGCAAGUAGAUUUAUCUUUACACAUAUUUUAUGUGACUCGGUAA